AUGUAUAUUUUUACGGCGAUCGUUCUGCUUGCACUGAUGCUGCCUGCUGCCGUAUUAUCAACAGAUAAUAAAACCGAACAUGCUAUAGUAGUUGAUUCACUAGACAUAGCUCCGGUAUGGGCUGGACAUCCUGUUAAUUUUGUUUUAUUAACACAUCUACCCUAUCGAUUUAUAGCAUAUUACGAUGAUACACGUCAAAUGACUAUUGCACAGCGUAAUUUGAGCGAGCGUAUAUGGACAAUCAAUAAGUUGCCAUUAAUUACAAAUUGGGAUAGUCAUAAUUAUAUUGUAAUGGCUAUUGAUGAGGAUGGAUAUUUACAUUUAAGUGGUAAUAUACAUGUUGUACCACUCAUAUAUUUUCGUAGUGUACAACCACUAAAUGCUUCUACAUUCGUACAAUUGGAUAGAAUGACUGGUACCGAUGAAAAUCGUACUACUUAUCCUAUGUUUAUGUAUGGACCAGAAAAUGAAUUUAUCUUUACGUAUCGUUUGGGAAUGAGUGGCAAUGGUAAUCAGAUUUACAAUCUUUACGAUUUAAAAACAAAAACAUGGAAAGGUUUACUUGAUAAACCGUUGACUGAUGGUGAAGGCAAACGUAAUGCAUAUUUUGAUGGACCAAUCAAAGGUCCAGAUGGUUAUUUUCAUUUAGUUUGGGUUUGGCGUGAAUCCCCAGAUGCCUCUACCAAUCAUGAUCUUAGUUAUGCACGUAGCAAAGACUUGGUGUCUUGGGAGACUGGUGCUGGAAGAUCUUUGGUAUUGCCAAUGACAUCGGAAACUUGCGAAAUCGUUGAUCCCGUACCACAAAAGGAUGGAAUUAUUAAUGGCAACACCAAACUUGGUUUCGAUGAAUAA